AAAAUUGAAUGGAUAACUAAUUAACGUCCAAACAAUUAAAGUUAAACUUGAAUGGAGUCUUGUUUAUCACAAAAUAAUCCAUCAUAGUGUUGAACAAAGUAGAUUUCCGUUUUGAUUUAGGCAUUCCUAGAUGAGCAGAUGGAAAAGCUUGUGGUGUUCACUACCACUCUUACACUUGCUCUUUCAAACUUGUUGCAAUGGAGGAGCAUGUAGACCUUCCUCUUGCGGCAAAAUCACCAACAUAAAACAUCCUUUCCGGCUGAAGGAUGAUCCGGCAAGCUGUGGGGAUUCCAGGUACGAGUUGUCUUGUGAGAAUAACAGGACGCUGUUAUAUCUUUUCCCCGGUAUAAGCUACCAUGUGCAGGCAAUAAACUACAAUAACUUCACCAUUCGGCUCGUAGAUCCCGCCAUCUCAGACUCAGGGGAUGACUGCUCCACCCUUCCCCGAUAUUCUUUGUCCGUUAGAAAUUUCAGUGACAGCUAUAGCUACAUGCAUAUCCCCAAAUACAGUGAACCAUAUGGAGCCAUUCAAGAACGAACUCAUUAUGUUGUAGUAAGAAUGUUCGAGAACGUGAUCUUUUUGAACUGCAGCUAUCCGAUCAGGGAUGAUCCACGAUUCGUGGAUGCUUCGCCUUGCGUUAAAGAAGGAGGCAAUGUUUAUGCUGUUCUUGGAGACAUGGACGUGGGUGAAUUAAGAGAUGAGUGCCGUGUGAAGAUGGUUGCUGCCUCAUCCUUUCUUGUUCCACCGAGAUCGUUGGUGGAUUCAUUCUUCAUCUACCAAAACUUGUCAUACGCUGAAAUCCAUAGAAAACUGAGUUACGGAUUUCAUCUUUCUUGGAUGAUCGGCGGUGCUUGUUCAUCUGCCUGUGGCCAGCUCACUUCUUGCUUCUUCAACGAAACCUCUCCAAAUCUCAUCACUUGCCGAGCGCAUCGCUGUUUCACUCCAAUAACGUUCAAUGAAUUGCCAUACAUGAUCCUCAAAUAUGCAUUAGGUGUUAUGUUUUUCUUUGCAUUGUUGAUCUACACAUAUCAAAGAAGACAUAUAUCAAUCUAUGAGAAUAUUGAAGGCUUUCUACAAAACAAUACCCUCAUGCCAAUAAGGUAUUCAUAUAAAGAAAUAAAGAAGAUGACAUCAGGUUUUAAGGAAAAGUUGGGAGAAGGAGGAUUCGGCUCAGUCUACAAAGGACGGUUAAUAAGUGGUCCCUUUGUAGCCAUAAAAAUGUUGGGUAAAGCUAAGGCUAAUGGUCAAGAAUUCAUCAGUGAAGUUGCUACAAUCGGUAGAAUACAUCAUGCCAAUGUGGUGAGGUUGAUUGGAUUCUGUGUCGAGGGUUCGAAACGCGCUCUUGUAUAUGAAUUUAUGCCGAAUGGUUCUCUAGAUAAGUUUAUUUUUUCGAAAGUGGAUAGUGUAUCAUUGACUUACCAGAAACUUUUUGAAAUAUCUCUUGGUGUGGCUCGUGGUAUAGCUUAUCUGCAUGAAGGUUGUGACAUGCAAAUUUUGCAUUUUGAUAUCAAGCCUCAUAACAUUCUUCUUGACGAGAACUUCAUUCCUAAAGUGUCAGAUUUUGGUCUUGCAAAGCUUAAUCCUCUUGAUAACAGUAUUGUAGCUUUGACAGCAGUAAGAGGAACAAUUGGUUACAUGGCUCCAGAAUUGUUCUACAAAAAUAUUGGAGCAGUAUCUUACAAGGCUGAUGUCUAUAGCUUUGGAAUGCUUUUGAUGGAAAUGGCAAGUCAAAGAAGAAACUCAAAUCCAAAUGCAGAGCAUUCGAGCCAAUUCUACUUUCCAUUUUGGAUAUAUGAUCAAUUGGCUCGGAAAAAUGAUGAGAUAGAGAUGGAAACUUUGAUGCAUGAAGAAACGAGUGAACUAGCAAAAAGGAUGUUCAUAACUGCAUUGUGGUGUAUACAAUUGAAGCCAAGUGAUCGUCCUUCAAUGAAUAAAGUGGUAAAAAUGUUAGAAGGGAAUGUUGCAAGCAUUGAAAUGCCUCCAAGGCCUUCAUAUUAUCCAAAUAAUAUGAUUCACAGGGAUUCUGAGAUUAAUUCAGGAGUAACUACUUUAAAUAACUCUUCAGGCUCUUCAGGUUUUGACGAGGAGGAAAUUACAACCAAUGGUAUGUGAGUGUUUUCUCGUUGAUGACCAAAGCAAUUUGCUUUUUUGCAAUCUAGUUUCUUAUUAAGUAAAAGGACAAGUAUAACAAAGCAGAGGUGAUAUUUUUCUACACUGUGUUUUUAGUUAUAUUAUGUGCGGCACGCUUUUGUU